CCCUGGUCUCUGUUGCGCCGGAGGAGCCGGGAAAGCAAGCUAAACCAGGAAGGCGCCGGCUUGUGGCGCGCACGCGCACGCACGCACGCACGCACGCCGGCGGCCGGCGGGGGGCACGCUCGCGCCCGGGCUCGCCGCGCGCCGCGCCAGAGGCUCGCGCACUCAGCAGGUUGGGCUGCGGCGGCGGCAGCUGUGGGAGCUGAGGCGCUGCGCGUGAGAGGUCCCAGACGCGUCUGCGGCUCCAGUUCCGCCACCUUCCGCUUCUCUUACCCCAGGUUCGGUGCCGGGUGCUGAGAGGGGAUCGGCGCUAGCCUCGGGAACCUCGAGCACACCCCUGGCUGCUUCCGACACCGCCAUCCUUCCUUUCCCAGCCACGGGCCUCGCUCGGUGCUAGGCGACUCUGCGGGGAGGCGGCGGCGACCGCUGCCUGUCUGUAGGGAGGAGUCCUGCCCUGCAGCCUUGCUCCGCCGCCGGGCCCUAAAGGGUCCGAGAGAGCUUGGCACCGGUCCUUCCUCUCGCCUUUUUCGUCAACCGGUUGGAGCAGCGUCGGUCCGAGAGGUCUCUGGGCUGAGGCGGCGGCAGCUCCUCCGGCUCCAUCAUGUCCGCGGGCGGAGACUUCGGGAAUCCGCUGAGGAAAUUCAAGCUGGUGUUCCUGGGGGAGCAGAGCGUUGGAAAGACAUCCUUGAUCACCAGAUUCAUGUAUGACAGUUUUGACAACACCUAUCAGGCAACAAUUGGUAUUGACUUUUUAUCAAAAACAAUGUACUUGGAGGAUCGAACAGUACGAUUGCAAUUAUGGGACACAGCAGGUCAAGAGCGGUUCAGGAGCUUGAUUCCUAGCUACAUUCGUGACUCCACUGUGGCAGUUGUUGUUUAUGAUAUCACAAAUGUUAACUCAUUCCAGCAAACUACAAAAUGGAUUGAUGAUGUCAGAACAGAAAGAGGAAGUGAUGUUAUCAUCAUGCUAGUAGGAAAUAAAACAGAUCUUGCUGACAAAAGGCAAGUAUCUAUUGAGGAAGGAGAAAGGAAAGCCAAAGAGCUGAAUGUUAUGUUUAUUGAAACAAGUGCAAAAGCAGGAUACAAUGUAAAACAGAGAGAGACACAGCAACAGAGACACAGCGAGAGAGGGAACACAAGCAGGGGGAGUGGGAGAGGGAGAAGCAGUCCUCCCACCAAGCAGGGAGCCCGAUGCAGGGCUCAAUCCCAGGACCCCAGGAUCACGACCCGAGCUGAAGGCAGACGCCCAACGACUGAGCCACCCAGGCAUCCCUAAUUUUUGCUUUAAACAGUAAUUAAGAAAAAGGACAGCUUUUUCUGUUUACUCAUAUAUUUACCAUUUCCGUUGCUCUUCAUUUCUUCUUACAGAUAUGAGUUUCAUCUGGUAUUAUUUCCCUUUAGCCUAAAUAACUUUCUUUAUUGUUUCUUAUUGACAUCUCCUAGUGAUGAAUUUGCCUGGCUUUCACAUAGCCCAAAAGACCAUUUGAAGAAAAAUUUUUGAAGAACGUUUUUGUUAGUUAUUGAAUUUGGGGUUCACAGAUAUUUUUCUUCCAAUACUGUAAAGAUGCAAUUUCAUUGUCUUCUGGCUUCCAUUGUUUCUAAUGAGUAGUGAGCUCUAAUUUGUAUGUUCUCUAUAUGUAAUGUGUUAUAUUAAAGUAUUUUUCCUCCCUCAUUUUCUUCUUAACUCUUCUUCUGGAAUUCCAGUGGCACAUCUGUUAAAUGGCUUGAUAUUUCCCAUGGUAACUGAAGCGCCUCUUGUUUUUUUAUCCUUUUUGUACUCUUUUUUUAAGAUUGGAUAAUAUUAUUGAUGUGUCUUCAGGUUCACCAGUCCUUUUUCUCCUAUAUCCAAACUGCUAUUAAGUCCAUCCAGUGAAUUAUCAUUUCAGAUAUUGUACUCAGUCCUAGAUGUUUCCAUUUAAGUUUCCAUUUCUCUGUUGGAGUACCCCAUCUGAUCAUUGUGGCAUUGUUACCUUCAAGUCUUGAACAUAUCUGUAAUAGUUGCCUUGAAAUUGUUGUCUGCUAAUCCAACAUCUGAGUCAUCUCUGAGUCUGUUUCUAUUGGCUAUUUUUCUCUUGCCUCUAGGUUAAAUUUUCCUGUUUCUUCAUGUGUCUAGCCAUCUUUGGUUGUAUGCUUAUCGUUGUAUAUAAUAUAUAGCGACUCUGAUUUCUGUUAUUUUUCUCUGCAAAAUGCUGAAUUUUAUUAUGGCAGGUUGUUAUAUUGCUGGCUGAUCACCUUGAACUUGUGGAGUCUUGAUGUUAUGUUUUGUGUGGGUGGAUCUGUAGGAAGCCUGAGGUAUUUAUCAAGCUUUUCUGUCUUGGUGGGAUUCAGACUCUAAAGUGUAUCCCUGGAGCAGGGAGUAACUGAAAUCUCUGCUCAUUUCUUCCAGCCUUCUAGCUGUUCUUUUCAGAUGGGCUUCUUGCAGUCUCUCCUAUAUAUGUACCAUUCAAGAGUCAGUUGAGAUUUGCAGGAAAUUUAUGUGUAGAAUUUAGGGUCCCUCCUCUUGGCUUCCUCCUUAGUUAUUUCCUUCCUCAGUCCAGCCACACUACCACUGACACUGCAAAACUUUAAAACUUGAGUUUUCUGCAUGAGUUCUGGCCACAUCAUAUUGCACAGGCUAGGAAUGGCUCUUGGGAACACCUGUAUAAACAUGGAUCUCACCCAGUGAGUGCGGGUUCCCUUCUUCCCAGUGUUGAAUUCUCCCUAGUUUGUAUCUGCUUUGUGUUGCUUCCCAGUGUUGAAUUCUCCCUAAUUUGUAUCUGCUUUGUGUUGCUCUUGAGAGCCUUCAAAUAAUUGUUUUUUACAGUUUGUCCAGAGUUAAUAAUUGCCAUCUGCAAGAGCGUUAGUCCUAUACAAGUUAGUCUGCUAUUACCCAAACUGGAGGUGAUAUUAAACUUAAGGGGGGUAGGGGCGCCUGGAUGGCUCAGUUGGUUGAUACUGACUCUUGAUUUUGGCUUAGGUCAUGAUCUCAGAGUCGUGGGAUUGAGCCUUGCAUCUGGCUCCUUGCUCAGUGAGGAGUCUGCUGGAUAUUCUCUCUCCCUCUCCCCUCUGUUUGCAUGAGCUCCCCCCCAAUAAAUAAAUAAAUAAAUCUUAAAAAAAAUUUAUGGGGGUAAAAUUUAAAAUAUCUGAUAAAUGUAACAACUGAGACUAUUUAGCAUGUACAUACUUAGGUUUUUCUAACAUGGAAGGUCAAUUUAUUCCUGAGUUCUGUAUGUUAUUUAUCUAGCAUUAAAAUAAGUGGAUUUUUGACUUAAAUUAUAUAUUCAAUAAGUACCACAUAUUAACAGAAAUUACUAUGAAGAAAUAAUCCAGACCCCUUCUGAGAUUUUUAUUGUAGGUCAGUCACAAUUCAGAAAUGGUGUUGGUAUUCAGAAAUUUACCAGGUAAAUUUCAUAGUCCAGUCAUUGCCUUGGAAAACAUUGGGAAUCACAGUCUUACAUGCCUAUUAAGUAAGCAUUGCAUAUGUUUGUUCAGCCGUAUAUGUUUGCAAAGCACAAUUACUUUUGAUGAUUGUGCAUUGUACUCAUUUUAUUUGACAAAAUCAUCAUGUGCUUUCACUGGAAAUUACAUGGUAGUCUUUUUGAAUAGCUGUGUUUAUCAGUAUUAAAGGUACCUUCCAGUUGUAUUUUCCACAUAGAUGUUUCUAGCUUUCUGCUAAUUUGCUAAUUGGAUUCCUUCUCCCUACUCCCUUAUAUACUGGAUUAUAAUAUACGUAAUAAAAGCUGAAAAUGGACUUUCUGUAUUGCCCUAUGUACUUUUUAAACAAUUCUAGGAGAGUUCAUUAAUUAUGCAUCAUUAAUGUCUGACUAUGGUUCAAGUGAUUGGGCCUUAAUGCCUAAAAAUUUUGGCUUAAAAUAAAACAAAUUUAUUCCUGACCAGUACUGCUAUUUUUUCUUAUUUAAAAAUGUUCUGGGGCGCCUGGGUGGCUCAGUUGGUUGGGCGACUGCCUUCGGCUCAGGUCCUGAUCCUGGAGUCCCGGGAUCGAGUCCCACAUCGGGCUCCCUGCUCGGCAGGGAGUCUGCUUCUCCCUCUGACCCUUCUCCCUCUCAUGCUCUCUGUCUCUCAUUCUCUCUCUCGCAAAUAAAUAAAAUCUUAAAAAAAAAAAAAAAAUUUAAAAAUGUUCUGUGCUUAACCCCUCUGCUCUUUAAUCUUGUAUAAGCACUUAACUCUAAAACCCGGUGCAUGUCUUAAAAAAUAUUGUUACAGUUUUUUUUUUUUUUUUUUUUAAUAAAAACGCUAUCAGGGCUAGAACUAUAAUAAGUAAUAAUACUUAGCAUGAUCAUUUAUAUUAUAUAGGAUAUUUAAGUAAUAUUUUUCAUUCCAUUCAAUAUUUCAUAGCAAAGUAGCCUAUGUGGGCACCUUGGUGGAUGAGUCAGUUAAGCAUCCAACCCUUGAUUUCAGCCCAGGUCAUGAUCUCAGUGUCCUGAAAUCAGUCCCCAUAUUGGGCUCUGCACUCAGCAGGGAAUCUGCUUGAGGAUUCUCUCCUCCUUUCUCUGCCCUUCGCCCUGUUCUCUCUCUCUCUAAAAUGGAUAAAUCUUAAAACACACACACACAUACACACACAAAAAACAGAUAGCCUGUGGUAAAUAUUUUAACCCUUAUUUUUCUGUUUUUUAAAAUGCAGUAAUAUUGCUUUCUUUUGUGAAAGUGGUAUGGUGCUUAAAUUGCUGAGGGAAAUGGUAAUGAGAAGGUAAUUAGUUAAGGCUUCAUCUGACUUUUCAUCUGAGAAUUAAUACACUCUUUUAGUGAAGUAUUAAGUGUGUGGAUGUCACCUUUCUUAUUAUAUUCUCUAAUUUUACAGUACUGGCAAAUGGGAAAAGAAGAGAAACACUUCUUGAUCUUUAACUUCUAAAAUCAUCAGUGCUUGUCAGAAGACAAAGAUUUGUUUGAAAGAAAAUUAGUGAUAGCUGAUGUACAUCAGUACUAACAGAUCAAUGAAAGCUUACAUACAUACAGUGGGGUUGUGCACACAUGCACAUGUGUGUGUAAAUUAUGUUAUACCUGCUGAGAAGCAUAUGUACUUUAAGCAUUGGUAGGGAUAGUGACUUUUCUACACCAUUAUAUCCCAUGUCUGCCAUAGUUCUUGGCUCAUAACAGUUCUUCAUCUUAUACUUUUAUCAUGUUCCUUAAUUCACAAGUAUCAAUUACCUACAGUCUGUAAGACCAUUGUGGUUUCUUUGGAGAAUUUAAAGUUAUGUAAAAUAUGAUUGUUAAUUUCUAAAAAGCUUAUGCUAUAGUUGAGAAGAGUCACAUUCUCAUGAAAAUCAUGUAGUAAAGGGUAGGUAAUACAUGAUAAAUGCUUAGCCAAUACUACAGAGACAGUAAGAUCCACAGAAAUUGGGAUGUAAAAUCAGUGCUGUCACAAGGAGGUAUAUUUAUUGAAGAAAUGAGUAAGAUUACAUAUAGAUAGGAUGAUCAAGGGAAGCCCCAUCUUAGUCAUCUGUGUUCCUAAUAAAGCAGAAGCCUCUGUUAGUGUAUCAUUGGUAUUUAAGAAAUGGAUUUUCCUCUAAUGAUUAUUUAAAACAACUUAAUCCCCUAGGGUCUUUUCCUUCCUGUCUUACAUAUAUUUCUGUAAGGAUAGAACUUUACUUUUUGUAAAACUUUUACUUGGCUCAUUUUAGGGUGUCCUGGGUUGAGUUUCGGUUAGUGGCGUUGAUUCCUUUACUCUAAUUGAAAUAUUUUGAGGGAACACCAAGUUUUUCAAAUAUACUGCUUAAAGCUAUAGAUAAAAUGUUUAAGUCCUAAGAAAAUGGAUUAAGUUUUUAUGUCUGUGAUUUGUGUGUGUGUAAUAGUAUUUCACAAAGCAAAUUCCUCUUACCCAGGAUUGUUAGCUGUUUCUUCACACAGGCCUUUCCGCAGUGCUUUUCCAUCUAGAAAAAACUUCCAUUUAUACUAAGCAGUAUAAGGUAGUAGAAAAAAAUAUGAACUUUGAAAUCUCAGUUCUGCUAUUUAUUUGGUAUAUGGUACAUAUUCUUUUUAGCCUUAGAUUUCUAUAAAAUGAGGGUAUUAAUAUCUUCCUCACAAGUUACUGUGAGGAUUAAAAUGAGAAAACGUGAAGAUUCUGACAAAGUAAGCACUCAGUAUUAGCUUUUUGAUUACUUUAAAGAUUUAUUUAUUUAUUUAUUUGAGAGAGAGAGAAUGAGAGACAGCAUGAGAGGGAGGAGGGUCAGAGGGAGAAGCAGACUCCCCGCCGAGCAGGGAGCCCGAUGCGGGACUCGAUCCCGGGACUCCAGGAUCAUGACCUGAGCUGAAGGCAGUCGCUUAACCAACUGAGCCACCCAGGCGCCCUACUUUUUGAUUACUUUAAAUUAGUGUUACAGCAUAGGUCUUUGACCAUGGCUGCACAUUAGAAUCAUCCAGAGAUCUUUUCAUGAAACACUAAGGGCCCCGCCCCACCCCAUGUUCGUUAAAUCUAUCUUUGCACGUGGGACCCAAGUAUCUGGUAUUGUUUGCUUUUAGUUUCCUGGGUAAUGCUGAUGCAUGGUAGGUAUUGAGAACCACUGGUAUAGAGGGAAGGACUUUACACAUAACCAUUCAAGGAAACAUCCCUAAAAUAUUUCUUUCUGAUUACUUUCAAAGGUAAAAAUAAGUUGAACUUCACAAC